AAAGCUAUGCAUAGAGAUUUACAUUCUGGAAAUAUAUUAUUUUCACAAUAUAAUGAUUCCUGGUAUAUUAGUGAUCUUGGAUUUUGUGGACCUGCUGAUAAAUCUUCAACAAGUAUAUAUGGAAAUCUUCCUUACAUAGCACCUGAAGUUAUUGUUGGAAGAGAAUAUACUUUUGCAUCUGAUAUUUAUAGUAUUGCAAUUCUUAUGUGGGAAAUUUCAUCUGGACAAACACCAUUUGUAAAUUGUGAACAUGAAAAUGAUCUUGUAAUGAAUAUUAUUAACGGUGUAAGACCAAAAAUUGUGCCAGGAACUCCAUUAGAAUAUAAAAAUUUAAUGAAAGAAUGUUGGGAUGCUGAUCCAUUAAAAAGACCUGAC